AUGGGUGGACCCUCUAAUCCUGAACCUGUUGUUGAGCUACCUCAACAAACACCUAUGGGUUUUAACAACCCUUUUCCUACGUAUCCAGAUAUGACUGGAUAUGACACUUCUAACACAGCAACCCCUAUGGAUUAUAAUUAUUCGGCUCUGUCCUACGACCCCUAUUUACAGGCGGUUGUUCAUAAUUCUCUUUAUCCAUCACCUUUUCCUUAUGCAUAUCCUUAUACAUACCAAUAUCCGGGUAGUACAAACCCCAGAUAUCCAUACCCAGUCGUUCCACAACCACAACCUCAUCAACAAAUCGAGGCUAUCAAUCAAGCUUUGGAACGAGUGGAACAAAUCCAGCGUCAGGAUGAAAAGAAUGAAAGAAGGACGAGCAAAAUAUUCAAGAAACUUUCCGAAAUCAUCAAAGGAAAGAAAGAUGAAUGA